GAGGGCGAAACGUUCCCAGCCAGCGUGAGAGAAAUGAGCCGUAUGUUGCAAGAGGCCUCCCUCACUCAGGACACACCCACGCCCCCAGACUCCCCCUCCCACUCUCCCACGCCCACCCCCUGCCACCAGUCCUCCAAAGAUGAGGCCAGUGACCCUUGUAUGGGGGAGGGCGAGGGGUGCCCUGUAGAGGAGGAGGUCGCUGGGGUAGAGGAGGAGGAGGAGGAGGUCGGCACGAAGGAGGCCGUGGUGGAGGUGGGCGGGGGCGGGUCUUUCGAGGUGGGCGGUGCAGUGGUGGGCGGCGCUAGCAGUGAGAGCAGUGGGACGGGCGGCAGUAGUGGGCCAGUCAGUCUUUCUCAGAUCUUGGGUCGGCCAGUGUAUGCUGCUGCUCCCCCUGCCUCUCUUGUGUGCCGCCCUGCCACCCCUACCACCCCGCCCACCCUUACCCACUCCCCCCCGCCCUCACCCAUGCCGGUGGCCACCAUGGGUAACGGCACGUCAGGCCAAACUGGCGGCCACCAACACAAUCUUCAGCCCCACGGGGUACACACCGGGGGCGCUGGCCCCGGGGUGGGGCGCGGGGUAGCCAAACCCGUUUACCCGGAGGAUUAUAACUACCUCAAAGGACUAGUGCCCGAGCUCAAGGCUGAGGUGCGAGAGCGAGACCUCAAGAUCAACAUGCUGGAGGCUGACACUCUCGACCUCAGACGUCAGCUGAAGAAGAAGACUGAACAAAUGAACAAAUUGCAGCGUGAGGUACACAAGCUUAAGGUGAGGCUGAGAGGAGAUGGUGGCAGAUGUUAGACAAUGGUGGUAGUGCUUAACGAUGGUGGUAGUGCUCAUCCAUGGUGGUAGUGGUCGUCUGUGAUGGUAAGUGCUAAACGGGUAUGGUUGAGAGCGAACUGGUCUGUGUUUUGAGUAUUUAUAAACAACAUUACGACCAAUUUAUAGUUAUUUUCGUUAUUUAACACAGUGACGUUUCGUCGUUAUUGU